UUUCAGCCAUUGACAGUUUGCUCAUCCAUUUUUUAAUAUCAAGCAUGACUGGGAGAAAAGUUUUUGUUAAUUUCAUUUCUUUGAAAUCUCCUUUUCAAGUUAAAUGUGUAUUACUUCCUGAAUCUGAACGACGUUCAGAUUUUAUUGUGUUAAGAGAACUACUAUUUAAGGCGAUGAUGUUGGACAAGUCAAUUUUGGUAUUAGGAGAUGUGAAGCUUAGAAAGAACUGCCCAAAUGAAGAAAUGUCAACCAUUACAUCUUUCUCGUUCAAUGGUACAGAAGAAAAGGACGUUGCAAGUGGAUUCCCUGAACCAGGCAUUAUUGAAAAUUUGGGUAAAUCUGAACAUACUCCAUCAUCGAAGAAAAAAUUCUUCUGUGAUAGGUUGAACAAAGGAAAAGAUGCUUCAAGUGAAUUGCAUGAUGUAACAGACAAUCAUAAAUCUGAUUGCGAGUCUUCUUCAUCAGCAAAAAUGCAAUGCUCUGCAAACACUUUGAAUUUGGAAAAUGAUGUGAGUGAUUCGAGGGAAUUGCUUUCAUAUGCUGUCAUAGAUGGAGUGAAACACACAGAAGUGUUAGUAAAGUUUGAUAAUACUGAUGUUGAUGCUGUGAAGAUCAAUGUGCCCACACACAACGAACUUUUUGAUGUGUUUCAUACACAGUCAGAUGGAAACUAUGCUGCCUGCAGCAGCGACAGCGAAUAUGAGAGCACCGAUUGUAUUUCUGGCACUGAUCACGGUGAUGCUCUUAAGUUAAGUCUUAAUAAAUCUCCCAGACAAAAACGCAAACGUGUUAAAACGAAGAGAGCAACGUUAGCUAACACUGUUAUAAAAACCUCACGUUGUUUGAGACGUGUAACCCUCGAAAAUCGGGAAACGAGGGGAAUGAAAUAUAAUCCUCGAAAAUUGAGACGCAAUUCGGGUAUCGAAAAUUGUGCGACAUAACCCUCAAAAGUCGAGGGAAACACAUUGUGUUGGAACGUCGUCUUCAAGUCGCAUCACAAUGGUUCUAAUGAAUCUUAAAGUAGGUAAUACUUUUUUACACCACUGAAUAUCGAAUACAUAAUAUACUGAUAUCAAUUGGAGGAGAGCUUCAGUACUACACGCAGACUCGAUGAACGGGAUGGUGGAAUCCACAAUAACUGUGUAGCUAGUAUCCCCAAUUUUCAAAAUGAAGGUCGUCUCUCUCUUGUGCUUCUUAAUGGCCGAAGCAAUAUUAGAUGAAUCCUGAAUAAACAAAGAAUACAUUUGGAUAAUGUAGAACUAACAAAUUAUACGUAUACUCACAUACCUCGUGUACAUCAAAAAAAUAGUCUCCGGCUGUGCAACUUCGUUUAUUUGCAGAGAUUAUGACCGGUAGCAGUUCAAGUACCGCACAACUUUCACUUUCU